AGUCCAGAAACAUCAGAAACGAGCGAGUCGAGAAUUGCAUUUAAAACGAGUACAAUCUUUGCGGAAGGAACUGGAAUACCUUAAAGCAACUGAGUGGAAGUACCAACCAAUUGAUCGCUAUUUCGACUAAAAAUCUUAGCACGGAUUCAAGAUGUUUUCCGCCUUUGCAUCCUUCUUAAGUAACUUUGUCCCCAAAAAGGAUUCACCAUUGGAAAUGAAAGAUGUCGAAAGUAUUUUCGACAAUGCGGUACAAAUUAGCGAGCCCGAGUGCAUUGAGCAAGAAGAAUGCUGGAAGGAGGAGGGCUGUUUUUACAAAACGGGAGUAAUAACAGCCAUGAAAGAUGAUUUUGUUUUAAUCGACAACAAAUAUAUCUGCGAAAUGAAGAAAGUCGCCGUGAAAGUCAAUGUCGGCGACAAAGUCAAUUACUUGUCUUAUCAGCUCGAUCGAAAUAAGGAACAAAAAGUGCGUAAAAUUAUGUCACUCUGUGACACAAUGUGGGAAAACGAGGAGGACCCUCGGGAGUCUUCUGCCAAGCCAGAGCCCACAAUUAAGGGGCAAAUGAUGGAGAAAACGAUUGUGGGCAAAGUGAUGAGACGAGAGGGAAGAGUCGUUUUUGUCGAGCCUCACAAUGUUGAUUUCAAUUUAGACAGUGUCCGCUCGGAUUUUAUUCCCCUGGUUGGUGACUGGGUGAGUUUGAAUGCCCUCGUCGAACUGAGAGAAGAUGCCGCUGACUUGAAUGGACAAGUUUUGGAAGUGGAGAGUGUCCGACCCCUGAGAUCGAAACUGCAGACGGGAAAUGUCACGGCCUACAAUUUAAAUACGGGAGUUGGAACUAUCGAUAGAAAUACGAUUUUUACGAAGGUUGUCUGUGAACCGGGUUAUGUUCCAUGUGUGGGCGAUAAAAUAGUCACCGAUAGCAUUGAAAGCGAUCAGGGAGUUUGUGUCUGGCGAUCACUGACUGUCGUCCCAUUAAAUCAGGGCUCGAAAAAGAAUACAAUUAAAGCAGAGCCUGUGGGCGCCAAUAGCGACGAAUUAGGAAAAGAGAAAGAAAUGGGAAUAAUCGUAACGAACGAUCUAGAAUUCAAUUUAGAAUUUCAGGAGGAGAGGGAUUUGACAAUUAGAAUACAAAACAUUGGUAAUUAUCGACAGAUGUUAGUCAAAUCCUGCUUUUUAUCAAGGAGAGCAGAGUCACAAUUGACCCUGCUUUCACCAAAAAUUGAAAAACAGACUGUCUUGAAACCAGGCGAUGAAAUUUCCUAUUCAUUCAGAUGCAGAGCCAAAUUCAUGGGUCUUUCCAACGAAAAGUUUCUCUUCAUCUUCCAGGGGUUUAAAGUCAUCCGCACCUUCCGACUUUUGGUCAAGGCAAAGCCGACGAUUUCAGAACGAAAUUUUUCGACUAAUGUCGUGAAGAAAAAUGCCCCCGCGAGGCAAGAUUUGUACGAGGAUAAUGGAUAUAUUCAUGGGAUUCGACCCUGCAAACCACCCGCUUUCAUUGCCGUUCGAAGUGGUAUUUUUCGAAUUCCCCAGCGGUAUUGGGACUUGGUUUUAGAGGCUGUCAAUAAUCGAAAUACUCAAACUGAACGACAGUUUCUGGUUGGAGAGGGAAUACCUUGUCUGAUGCAGUCAUUAACCAUGCAAAAUUACAGAGACAGGUUUCAUGCGUUGCUGUAUUUGGAAGAGAUGGGCCAAAUUCUCUUUAUGCAAAAGUACGACAUGGAGAGCGCUUCUUUCACUCAUUGUGGAGAGUAUCUCAGCUUGUGUGUUCCAGGACUGGCGGAAAAACGACCUUCUCUCAUCAUCGGCGAUAAGGCAAUUGUUUCCUUCAAAUGGGACUCGUCGAAAGGAAAUUUAAAAUACGAAGGCUUUGUUCACAAGGUAAAAAGUAACGAUGUUUUGCUAAAAUUCAAUCCAAAAUUUCACGACGAUUACGGCGGUGUGGAUUGUCAAGUUAGUUUCAAGGGAUCGAACACCACCCUGAGACGCUGUCACGAUGCUGUCAAUUUGGCAGUGACACACCUUGGUCCCGAGUUUCUUUUUCCCAACAAAGUCGUGCAAAAGUCGCCCCAAUUUCAUUUGACGGAAAUCGAAGAGAAAGAUUACUGUCCACCAAACCAUAAACGAAAUGGAUCAGUUUCCUCGAACAGUACUGCCUCAUCAAAUCACGAUUUGUCCGUCGAAGGAGUCAAAUCUCCUCCCAGAGUCUCGGUUUUGGAACGGCUCUUCAACACGAAACCGGUCUCUUCGCCGUCUGAACGAAAUGACGAAUUUCUAGUUUCCAAGGUGAUGUCUUGCAAUGGCAAUGGCGAUAUUAACAAGACUAAUAAUAAUAUUAAUAGGAGCUUGGAGCAGCACUACGAGGCCGAGUUGAAGAAGCGAAAAUUAAUUUGGUACAACAAACGGCUAAACUUUUAUCAGAAAAAGGCGGUUUUAAAUAUACUGAAAGGUCUUGCUCGUCCAUUGCCGUAUGUGAUAUUUGGACCACCCGGAACUGGAAAGACUAUCACUCUUUGCGAAGCAAUUCUUCAAAUUCUCACGACGAUUUCGGAUAGUCGACUCUUGAUUGCCACGCCUUCUAAUAGUUCGGCUAAUCUCAUCACUGAACGUUUACUCGAUAGUGGAAUUCUCAAACCAGGAGAUUUGGUAAGACUUGUGGCUCAGCAUUGUCUUGAAGAAGGAAAAAUUCCCGAACGACUGCUUCCUUACUGUGCAACAGGACAGCUUCAGGAGGAACGAAGUGGUAGCAAUAUGAGGACGGAAGAAACUGGAUUUAAAACCAAUUGUACAGCCAGUGUUCUUGGUCGUCACAGAAUUACAAUUGGUACCUGUUCAGCUGUUGGUAUAAUUUAUAAUAUGGGCCUCGCUCGAGGACACUUUACCCACGUGCUUGUCGACGAAGCGGGCCAGGCAACCGAACCGGAAAUCAUGAUACCUUUGACUUUUAUUCACGCCGACACUGGCCAAGUUAUUCUCGCCGGAGAUCCGAUGCAACUGGGCCCCGUCGUGCAGAGUAAUCUGGCCGCACACUUUGGCCUCGGAGAGUCCUUUCUCUCGAGGCUAUUGCAACAUUUUCCAUACCAAAGAGAUCCUGAGGGAUUUGAGACUGGCUACGAUCCAAGGCUGGUCACCAAACUCCUCAUGAAUUAUCGCAGUCUCCCGGAGAUGCUUCAACUUCCUAAUUCACUCUUUUAUGAUUCCGAGUUGAUACCGCAGAUUUCCAGUACGAGGAGCGACGAAGCAAAACUUUUGGACACUUUGGCUCCUGAUUUGCCUGAGAGAACCGGACUUCCGCCCUCGAUUGUGUUUCACGGCGUCAAUGGAAAUAAUUAUCAGCCUCCUGAUAGUCCAAGUUGGUACAAUCCGGAGGAAGCGACUCAAGUCUAUUUUUACCUUUUGAAGUUGUAUGGUCGAGGCAUUUUUGCCAAGGAUAUCGGGAUCAUCACUCCCUAUCAAUCUCAGGUUCGGCAAAUCCGCGACUUGCUGCUGGAGCUGGAGCUGGAAAUUCCGAAAGUCGGCAGUGUGGAGGAGUUUCAGGGCCAGGAACGCAACGUGAUAAUUCUCUCGACGGUCCGAUCAAGCACGAAUCAUGUGAUUGAAGAUGUAAAAUACGCGCUUGGCUUUGUGGCUGCACCCCGUCGACUAAAUGUCGCCAUCACUCGUGCCCGAACUCUUUUAAUUAUAAUCGGCAAUCCGUAUCUUUUGUCGGAAGAUCCUUAUUGGAGAACGGUUCUGACUUAUUGUACAGAAAGGGACGCGUACACCGGUUGCAGUAUAUCUGAUGCUUUUAAGCAACAAAUAACUGGUCUGGACGAGGAAUUUUCUUCACCUGAUUGAUCUGAUUUGUAAUAUUGACGACAGAAACAAACAGAAAAUAUUCACCGUACUACAGUAAGAGAAUCUUGACUGACUUGUAACAUUUUAUUGUGGGUACUUUUUUUUUUUUUUUUUUUUUUAAUCAAUUCGAUAUGACGACGAACUUUUAGUUUUCUUUUUUAACCACUGAUGUGAAUAUAUACAUUUGUAAGUUGAGGUGUAAAGUCGAAAGAGUCGAGAGACAGUAAACGACUGUUGACAUAA